UAGUUUAAAAUGUAUGUCGUAAACAUGUGACGUCUACGGUUAGAUCUCAGACAUGACCCCUUGCCCCAGGGCAAAGCAACUCAAGAUGCAACUUUGCUUUUUUUUAUUUUUACAUUGAAAUUCUUUACGUUUUACUGACGUUUCCAUGUCCAUUAUGCCCCUUAUGCAUUCUAAAUAAGGGGGCUGACCCCAGAGCAGGAAUAUGCCCUUCAUUAAAUACGAACCGGAUGACGAGGUCGAAAUCAUUGAUCAGGUGGAGGUGAAGUACGAAGACGAAAUAAACUACUCCUUAGUACAACAAAAUUACUACAUAAACGAAGAGUAUGAUCGAGACAGUUUGUACUUAAAUCAUUCGUCGAUACGUGAACAACGCAGGCGUCGUCUUUUGACUUCACGUCCCAACCGAAGACGAACCAGUAAACAAAGUGCCCUUAAAGAUCUGCGAGGCUGGAAAGUAAUACUGUACGAUUGUAAAUUGGGGAAGAAGGAAAAUUUGGGUAACGGCGACAAAUACAAAUGCGUGGUUUGCAGUUUUAGCGCCAAACGCAGGGGAGAUUUAUUUAAGCACGCGAAAGAGCAUCGCGAUUUGACUGAAUUUAAAUGUCAGCAGUGCGAUUACGUCACGCACCGGAAAGAAAAUUUAUCGUUCCACGUACGAACGACGCACGGCUCGCAAACGUUUAAGUGCGAAAAGUGCGGGUUCGCGACGCCGCGGCGAUCGAACUUCGUCAGGCACCGCAAUAGCUGCUACGAUUUGGUGAAGUUCGAGUGUCCGCACUGCAGCUUCACGACGAAAUGGAAGCAGAAUUUAAUUAAUCACGUGACCGGCUUUCACACCGAAGAGGAGUUCGGUUGUCACCACUGCGAGUACAGUACCAAGUGGAAGUCGUGUUUGAUUAGGCACUUGAAGCGGUGUAAGGGAUUGAUGAAAUUCGACUGUCAAACGUGUGAGUUCACCACAAAUUUGAAAACCGAUUUUCUGGCGCACGUGAGAGAGCAUCGGGUGCGAAAGUUUGAUUGUGACAAGUGUGAUUUUCGCACGGAUUUGAAAUCGUCGUUGUAUAGUCACGUGAUACGGUGGCACAGCCUGCAAGAGUACCGUUGCCUGCACUGUGACUACAGCUCAAUGUGUAAAUUGCACCUAAUUGCACACUUGAGACGCAGACACACUUCGGCCAAAUUUAAUUGUAAACAGUGCGAUUUUUCGACACAUUUAAAAUCAUACCUGGAUGACCACAUGAGACGGCGCCACAGCUCCACGGAGUACAUUUGCGAACAGUGCAGUUACACCACAAAAUGCAAGGACAAUCUAAUCGGCCACUUGAAACGUCACCACGGAACGACAAGAUUCAUCUGUGAGCAGUGCAAGUUUACCACAGCCUGGAGGCCGGGCCUAACCCAACAUAUCAGGGCGGUUCACGGUCCAAUAAACCUUCAUUGCGACCUUUGCAAGUUCACGACGCGGCUGAGCGGGGCCCUCAAACACCACAUCAAAACCGCACACGGGCCGGAAAAAUUCGAUUGUCCUCAAUGCGAGUACACCACAAAAAGGAAGUGCGAUUUCAUCGCGCAUGUCCAAGCGCGACACGGCUCGGACAAAUUCGAUUGCCAACAAUGCUCUUUUACCACAAGCACGAAGGGGUACUUAUCGUCUCACGUGAGACAAAGUCACGGUUCGGAAGUUUUCCGUUGUCUUCAUUGCGAUUAUAGCACAAACGCAAAGAAAAACCUAAACAAACACAUGGCAUGCCAUCACGGCUCUGAGACAUUCACUUGUGAACUGUGCUCUUUCAAAACCAAAAGCAAAUCCGGCAUGAGGAGACACAAGACGGUGUGCGGCCUCACGAAGCAGCUCACCUGUCCGUUGUGUAGCUUCACCACGAAGACAAUCCGAGGGUUACACCUACACAAGAUCGGUGUGCACAGUUCGGUCGACUUUAAAUGUGAACAGUGCGAUUACACAACGAAACGAAAAGAAAAUUUAAAGAACCACGUGCGACAGCACCACAACACGCAAAUUUUGAAAUGUGAACAGUGCGAUUACACCACCAGCUUGCAGUACAAUCUUACUAUCCACGCGAAAUUGCGUCACGGCGAGGAAGAUUUCAAUUGUGAACUUUGCAAGUACACAACGAAGCUGAAGUCGUAUUUGACGGCGCAUGUCCAACGGUGCCACUCGUCAAAGGAGUUCAAGUGUGAUCAGUGCGAUUUCGUUUCGAAAUGGGGCCCCAAUUUGUAUAUGCACAAGCGAGUGCAGCACGGGUCGGAGAUAUUUAAUUGUUCACGGUGCGAGUUCAGCAGCAAAUGGAAGAUAAGCUUAGACAAGCACGUUAAGCAGUUUCACUAAUGUUGCGGGAUUUAUAGCUUUUAUACUUAUUAUAUUAAUAUCUACACCAAUUAUAUUGUUACUAAUAACUAUUUUUUUACAUAUAUUUUAAUAAAUGAGAAAGUUUUAAUUUUG